CUCUUGUGUUGUACACAACUACUCAGAUAAACAAACAUGCAGACCAUUGUUGCUUUCGUCGCCAUCUUGGCUUGCGCCGCAGCCGCCCCCGGUCUGCUGGUAGCUCAUGAAACCCCAGUAGUGGCUGCAGUCCACGCCGCUCCAGUCGUGCACGCUGCCGUUCCACUCAUCGGCUCCAAAACCACAAUCACCAAGAGCAGUCAAGUGGUCAACCACGGAACUCCUCUUGUUCACGCUGCCCCAGUUCUUCACGCUGCUCCCGUUGUUCACGCUGCCCCGAUCGUCCAUGCUGCCCCGAUCGUCCACGCUGCCCCAGUCGUCCACGCUGUGCACCCUGCCCCAAUUGUUCAUGCUGCCCCAUUGGUAGUUAAGACUGCCCCAGUCGCCCUAGCCCAUAGCAGCUCGGUCGUUCACCAUACCCCCGUGCUCAAGGCAUCUCUACUUGCUGUUCAUUAA